ACGCGCUUAAAUACACUCUUUGACCGUGGUUGUGGUUGUGUGCAGUUUUGUGAUCACAUGUUUCUUGGAUUUAAGCAUACAUAUUUUUGUAACUCAUAAUAUUAUUUAUUAUAACAAAUAUAUCAACUUAAUUUAACGAAAAAAAAGAAUAAAAAUGGCUAAUGAAAUUGUUGAGGGGCAAUUUAGUGACGCUGAAGAAGAUACAAUAGAGUUUAGUAAUGCUAAAGAGAAGCCAUUUAAUUUAAAUGCUGACAUGUCUAAAUUAGGAAUCACCAACGAAGAUCUUGAAAAGUUUGAUGAUUCUUAUGAAAUAAACGACGAUGAUUAUGAUUUCGAUGAUGAUGAAUAUGAUUAUUACGAUGAGGACGGUCAAAGGAGUCAAAUUGAUAACUCUAAUCCGAAUAAAAACGCUCAAGGAGUUUCUAAUAAGAUAACCAAAUAUCAGCCUAAAGAUAAAUUAUCUCGUAGAUAUUCUAAUAAAAUCAAUAUUGAAAAGUAUGAAGAACUGUCAAUACCACAUGGUGCAGCUAAUGUUUUAAAUGAAUCAAACAAAAGAAUAGACAACCAACGAAUCAGAAAUAAAGAUAAGCAUGAUCGUGCUACGGUCGAACAAGUCUUAGAUCCUCGAACUAGAAUGAUAUUAUUUAAAAUGUUAAAUCACGGAUUUAUCAAUUUAAUUGAUGGUUGUAUUUCCACAGGAAAGGAAGCAAAUGUCUAUUGGGGUGAAUCGAAAACAGGUAUCGAAUUGGCAAUCAAAAUUUACAAAACAUCUAUUCUUCAUUUUAAAGAUCGAGACAAAUAUGUUACUGGAGAAUUUAGAUGGCGGCAUGGAUAUUGUCGUCGAAAUCCUCGGAAAAUGGUCCAGAUGUGGGCAGAAAAGGAAUUUAGAAAUUUAACAAGGUUGAUUAAAAACGGAGUAUCAGCACCCAAUCCUAUUUAUUUACGUGGUAACGUUCUUCUUAUGGAUUUCAUUGGUUCUAAUCGUUGGCCAGCUCCGAAACUCAAAGAUGCUGUCUUGAAAUCAUCAAAACCACGAAAACUUUACAGAGAAUGUAUUGAAAUGAUGUGGCGAAUCUACAAUAAAUCUCGACUUGUUCAUGCUGACUUGAGUGAAUACAAUUUGCUGUACUUUAAUGAUUCAAUUGUUGUUAUUGAUGUUUCUCAAGCAGUUGAACACGAUCACCCGAUGGCUUUACAAUUUUUAAUGAAAGAUUGUACAAACAUCACUGAAUUCUUCCGCAAAAAUGAUGUCGCUGUCAUGUCUGUAAAACAAUUAUUCGAAUUUAUCACCGAUCCCACCGUUACUGAAGAAAAUAUGGAUGAUUAUUUAGAUGCUGUGUCUGAAAGCGUUUUAAAUGAUCAAGAAUUUAGUGAUCCAACAAAAAUUGUUGAAGUUGAAGUUUUCAAACAAGCUUACAUUCCACAAAAUCUUACACAAGUCGUAGAUAUUGAACGGGAUAUUGAUCUUGCUAAAUCUGGAAAACAAGAUUUAAUUUAUAAAACGUUAGUUGGAUUGAAAGCCGAUCUUCAAACAGCAAAAGUUCCUAAAAUUCUUGAAGAUAAAAAUAUGCAUGAGAAAUCGAAUGAUAAUAAUAUUUCUGAUAAUAACGAAGAGUCAGAUAAUUCCGAAGAGUGUUCUGAUGAUGAUAGUUGUGAUAAUGAAGAUGAUGAUGAUGAUGAUGAUGAUGAUAAUAAUAAUGAGUUUAUAAGACGCAAAGAUGAAACUCCUGAAGAAAAAAAGGCUCGGAAGAAGAAAAUUAAAGAAAUGCAAGCAGAGAAGCGGAAAGUUAAAGUGAAAAAACAUGUAAAGAAAAGGAAAGAACGUUUGGCAAAGAAAAAAUAAAUUGUAAAAACAAUU